UGAUAGUAUUAGUUAAGAAGAGACGCGCAACCAAAAAUCUGGUAAAAGAUUCCAACUGUAAUAAUGGAGCCGGAAACCAAAACAGGCGGCGGCGACACCAAAACGCCUCUGUUGCAGCGCGGCGGCAGCGGGCGGCGCGGCCGUCUAAGUCGCCGGAACUCUGUGAACUCGCUCCGCAACGACUUCAUUUCCCGGCUGCCCGAUAAUGUCCGGUCAGCAGUUGACCCUGAGCUUCCUUCCUCUCAUAUUGAUCUCUCCAGAGCUCAGGGUUUGAGCCAAGGAGAGAAGGAUUACUAUGAAAGGCAAUUUGCUACAUUGAAAUCAUUUGGGGAGGUCGAUUCCGUGGUGUUAUCGGAAGAGAUAGACGAAGAAGAUCUAGAAGAACAAGCACAGCAUGAGAGAGCUAUGAAGAUCUCCAAUUAUGCUAAUGUUUUGCUGCUGGCCUUUAAGAUCUACGCCACUAUAAAGAGUGGAUCGCUAGCCAUUGCAGCUUCGACCUUGGAUUCCUUGCUCGAUCUCAUGGCUGGGGGCAUACUAUGGUUUUCCCACCUUGCUAUGAAGAAUGUCAACAUUUACAAGUACCCUAUUGGGAAGCUGAGGGUCCAGCCAGUCGGCAUUAUCAUCUUUGCUGCUGUAAUGGCUACUCUUGGCUUUCAGGUUUUGGUUCAGGCUGUAGAACAGCUUGUUGAAGCGACACCCGCUGCAAAAAUGACUGCAGAUCAGUUGGUCUGGCUCUACUCGAUUAUGUUAUCCGCUACUGCAGUAAAACUCGCCCUCUGGUUUUACUGCAGAAGCUCGGGCAACAAAAUUGUGCGAGCCUAUGCAAAGGAUCACUAUUUCGACGUGGUAACAAACGUGGUGGGGUUGGUGGCAGCUGUGCUCGGAGAUAUGUUCGUUUGGUGGAUUGAUCCAGCCGGUGCACUUGUACUCGCGAUCUACACCAUCACUAACUGGUCAGGAACAGUACUUGAAAAUGCAGUGUCGCUGGUAGGCCAGUCAGCGCCACCCGAGGUGCUGCAGAAGCUGACGUAUCUCGUGUUGAGGCACCCUCAGGUUAAGCGUAUUGACACCGUGCGUGCUUACACUUUUGGAGUUCUGUAUUUUGUCGAGGUUGAUAUCGAGCUCCCUGAAGAUAUGCCCCUCAAAGAAGCUCACACCAUUGGAGAGACUCUGCAGAUGAAACUCGAGAAGCUUAUUGAGGUCGAGAGGGCAUUCGUGCAUCUUGAUCACGAAUGCCAGCACAAGCCGGAGCACGCUGUUCUCAGCCGCCUGCCCAACAGCGAUCCUUGAGAUUUCGCCUCGUCUAUGUGGUUUGCGAGCUGUUGCACAGAAACGGAGCUCGAUAGCCCCCCCAUAGAGAGAAAAAGGUACACAAAAACUCAUACUUGUAUUUACCCUGUAUCAACUGAUGCACAUUCGUUUUGAUCAUAAAAAUCACAAGGUGUAUAUAUACACACACAACACACACAUAUAUAUAUACAUGAUCUUAUAAGCUUUCAAAGAGUUGCGUUGGUAAAUUUGUCAAUGAAUAAUAAUAAUUAGUUAAAAUUUCAAUUCUAUGGUAUGAUUGAGAAUGAAUGUCUCGAAUUUGGAUAGUAUUUUUUUAAUUAUAAGUUCAUGUUUCAAGCAUUUUAUAUAUAUCUCGUCGCAAAACUACCAAUCAAGCAAAUAAACUUAUGAUGAGACUAACUAUAGUAGUAAAGAUUUCUCUCAUUAAUUUCAACUUCACUCCUUUGUCCGGGCAAAAAAUUCGAAUAACAAUCUCUUUGAAACUAUAAAUUAAUGGCAUCGAACUCACAAAACAUAAACAAAAAACAAAAAAAAAUACACUUGUAACGAUGAUCAAUCACAACGUAAUUAAUUCAGCACGUGCACGAAUCAUUAUUAUCGACGAGCAAACACCGGGAACCACUUCUCUUGUAAGGAGGAGUGGUGAUAGACCAUGAACAUGAGCAACACGAGCACGACGGAGACCCCGAGGGGGGAGCCUCCGACGCGGUGGAGGGAAUCCUUCUCGGGCGUCAAGUCCAUGGCGAAGGGGAAGCGGUCGCGAUCCUCCCCUAGCCAGUGGACGAGGAGGAGGAGGAGCACCGGAAACACCAUGAAACUUAUCUUGAUUUGAUCCAUCAAGUCUAGGAAGAUGUACUCAUAGUUUAUGUACCAAUUGAAGAUCAUGAAGAAGAGGAUGACGCUUAGGAAGAAGACGAAGUGGAGAGGCAAGGUGAAGUGUUGGAUGUAUUCUUGGAAGGGUGAGCUAUAGUAUCUAGCCAUGUUGGAGUUUG